AGUUUUUAAUUCCUGGCUCAAAUUUAGCUAGGCAUGUGUAGGUAUGCUAUUGUAUUAUAACGAUUUUCAUUUCCAGUGUUGAAGGAAAUGGUAACAUGGAACACUGUUACAUAUUGCCAGGUACAGUUUUGGCUUUCUUAAUUGACAGACAUGGGAACAGAGUAGCAUAGAAAAUAGACAGUACUUGUAUAUGUAACGCAAGGGUAGAAACGUAGUUGCCUCAUAACAACAUUUGUAUUGACUACAGCAGAUUCACUAAGGGAAUUUCCCAAAAUUACAGGUAUAAUGAAGAUUAAAUUUGAGGGUAUUAAGCUAACUGUGUGUUCUCACCUCUAAUCUGGAGACAAAUCCAUCACAAAUUUCUUCUAAAUAAGUGUUCAUUUUCUGUACUUAAAGUGGAAGCUAUGAAAAUGCGUGUUUAUGCAUUGGCAUUCUAGCUAAAAUGUAAUACUUGUACCAAGUAUCAAAAACUUACGUUGUGAUGUUAACAUGAGGUAAUAUCCGCUUGAAAGAGCUGUAGGCAAAGGUGCUGUGAAACAUCUUUGGGCUUUCUGACUCCUGGCUUUUGCCUAGAGAGUAAUAACAAAGGCCAGUGCAGCGCAUUGCUCUUCCCUUUUAACCCCCAAGAGGGUAUCUGAGCAGUUUCUUUGCCCCAGAGAGCAUAAAAAUGUGGGAGUAAGGGCUAAUACUUGGGCUUAAUGUUGAAGCCUUGAGAUAGAAAAGCAGAAGUGUACUUAAAAGUACUUGAAAUAAGCAGAUCUUGUGAGAUGACCAUAAAAUGUAACAUUAGUUUAAUCCAUACUCUUACUGACAUUUCUGUGUUCAUUGUAAUGCUAAGUAUUUACCUAAAUUCUAGCUGAUUGUUAUAAUUAGACAGUAAUGUGUGAUAUUCCAAUAAAUGAAAAUACUACUUUAGUAAACUGCAACAGUAUGCAUAUAGGAAGUAAACAAAGUACAUUCCUGUUUUUCAAGUGAUCCUGUUUUGUUCAAUACAGUUUCAAAAUUCCUGGUCCCUAAUGCCAAGUCUUGUUGUCAUCAUAGCUAUGGUGUGGGUGGAAAAGACAAACCAGAAAUGAGCAGAUCUAACUGUAAGCUAUUUUGCGUAUUGUCAAUUGGCUAUAAAUUGCAGGAGUCAUUGACUCAGCGGAACAAGCUUCAUAAUUCAGGUAUUUUCAGGUGUUAUUCAUCAGUCUUAAAAUUAGCACAUCUUGUUUCCUUGGAUUUUACUUUCAUCUGAAGAUUGGAUGAAGAGAAUCCAAAUAAUGUUCCAGAACUGUUGUCUGAGCAUUGGAAGCUUUGCAAGGUUUUUGUUAAAUGCAGAACCUGAUGGAUGGCAAAAGCUACUGUAACGUCAUGGACAAGUUGUCCAUCUGUACUGACACUCAGUGCGUACGGCUCACUAGGCCUUUCUGUGCAGACCCAUUGGUCACAUUUCAUGUGUACCCAGAAACACCAAACCAGGUCACUUGCUCUGAAGAUGUGUCAUUCUUUCCUUUCAUGUCUGAGCAUCUCAUCACAGAGAACUUCUACAGUGAGCCCUGCGGCUUUUCCUACCAAGUGCCCCAUUCCAGUUACAACAGAAGUGAGUACUCCUGUGGGCCAGCAUUCAUCAGAAAAAGGAAUGAGAGGGAAAGACAGAGGGUUAAAUGUGUCAAUGAAGGUUAUGCUAAACUGAGGCAUCACCUACCUAAGGAAUACAUAGAGAAACGGCUUAGCAAAGUAGAGACACUCCGUGCUGCAAUAAAAUACAUUAGGUAUCUGCAGUCUGUUCUGUACAGUGAUUCUGUGGCGGCAGAAAAGAAUGUCGUCGAGCCAAGUCAAGCACCUGAAACAAUUAACAAAUAAAACCAGUGUUUGAAGACUAUCUAAACUGUUCCUAACCAAGCAAAGGAUACCCUGUCUUGGAACCUGAUAGCUACUACUAUAAUUGUUAAUAAAAUGAACAUUCCUGGAGCAUGUAGGAGGAGAUCAUAAUACACAUCAGUAUCAACCCACAGAAAGGAGUUUCAAUUUCGUAGAUAUUAACUGCACUCGGAGUUGAAAAAUCUCAUCUGAAUGGCCUAAGGUAAUUCAUGGAAAUUGGCAAUCACAUCUAAAUUGUUACCAAUCCAAAAAUAUACAUGUGAAGUAACAGUAUGUAUUGUCACAGAGUGCCUGCUUUAAAAUAAAAUAAAAUCUUUCCACUGAUGAGACUGAGAUUCCUUCAAUUUUCUGUAAUGUUACUGGUUUGCUCUCUCAUGCGCCUUGAAAGAAUUUUGCUCUAAUUGCCAGUGUUUCUGUUACAAAGCAAGGAGGUCUUUUUAAAGGUUCCCAGGAAUGUUGUUAGAAGCCAUAAGAAAGGAUAACUUACUUUAAAAGAAUAACUUAGUCUUUCCCUGUCCCCCAGUCUCUUUCUCUGUAUUAUUUGGUGGUUUCAACUAAUUGGUCUAGAACAGAUUUAUGUGAAGAUGGUGAUUAUCUUGUAAUUAGCAAAGCGUUGUUAACAUUUGCUGUACGUCAGGGAGUUGUAUUGAUACUAACAAUUCAGCUGGCACCAUGAGAGCAGUUCAUCUUUGGGUUCAGCAGAACAUAGAGAAAAUGGUUACAGACUUUGUAAGUGCUGUUAGUAUCCUUGUCCUUAAUUGCAGUCAUCUCCUCUGUUCUCAUGUUUUAAUAGCAGUGAAUUGAAAAAUGCCUACUAAAUGCAAUUAAUUAUGUUUCUGUGGAGCAUGGUGGGAAAUACUGACACAAGGUGUUAAUGUUUCUUAAGGAGAAAAUAAAGGUUAGGGAUCACAGUAGAGACUAGCAGGAAGAUUUCUGCAUUAUACUUUGGCAUUUUUUGAUAUCUGCUUUGCAGGAAAGGGGGAGAAUUCACUUCACUAAUUCUUCCCCUUAACUGUGAAAAGGAAAAGUUUGUAAAGUGAUUUGAUCUCAUUUUGUCUCAGUUUCAGCCCUUCUGUCCUCAUUUCAAACCAGUAUAUUUGUCAUAUCCUGUGGUGGUUUCUCUGAAUCUGAGCUGUAGCUUUGUAUGAUGUGAUUUUUUUGCCAUAUAAUAGUACACAAAAGGACUGGAGGACGCUUUGCCCUUUUAUAAUCCCUUCUCUGCCCCUGCAGUCUUUCAUCGCAGUAUCUAGAUCAGCAGAACUGUGUUUAGGAGUACAAAGUUGAGCAAGUAAGUGGCAGACAAAUGGUUAGCUCUGUAGUUGGGUUGCAGCUGUUUUUAGCUGGUCAGGUCAGCACGUCAGUUCCUGGUGGUAACGAUGCUGGCAACCUUCUUAGCAACUGGAAAAUGCUGGCAGCAAAUGCUUCUUGCAUCAACCAGGGAAAAGGGCAAGGUUUGUGCAUCGGGACUAAAUUCAAAUUGACACGAUUGUGUUAUCAGUAGCUGGUAAGUUUGAAACACUACCGGGUUCAAGUUCCUGGAACUGUCCAGGAAAUCUCAUAGAACACAACACAAUUGCCUUUGUCAGAGCCCAGUUUUGUACAUAAACUGGGGACCUGGUUCUCCUCAGCAGUGACAGCUCUGAGAAGCGUUACAAUGGGCUUUAAUAUAGAACUGGUAUUUGUGUUUCUUUGAAAAAUAUUACUGACUCCAGUUGGCUUUGUCUUAUAAUAGGGAAGUUUGUGUAGUUGUGAAAUAUGAGUAUAAUGUGUUGAUUUGCUCUUCCAGAGACACGUUUUGCAGCAGUUAAUUUACUUUGUGCGGGUUUUGAAAUGAUACAUAAUAAGAGUUUGUAGAAACUCACAAAACGCAUUCUCUGUUCGUA